UUUGCAAGAGACCAAUCCGUGUGUUGUACAGCAAGGUAAUCAGGCUGUGACAACAAACCCACAGAAACAAAAGUGUGAAUAGAACCUAAUCUCUUCACACUCAAGGUUUACACAUCCAUCUUGAGAUGAAGUGUAUCUUGAUUUGGGCUCUGCUUUGCAGCCAUACCAUACUAUAUGCAGAUGCUCAGGUCCUCCACCUACAUCACAUAGGGUCAGAGGGUGUAGCAGGUCUGCCAGAGUUCAUGGGGUCGUGGAGUGUAGAUGACAGAACCAUCCUCCAGUAUGACAGUAACACCAUGCACAUGGACGCUGAUGCCCCAAUACCUGAUUGGCUCAGCAGCAACGAGGGUCCCUCUCAUUGGAGGGGAAUGAACUUCGUCUCCAGAAUGAUUCGCAGGUUUUUGGUUACCACCUUGAAUACGAUUGGGCAGCAUGAUAACCUUACAGCUUCCCCUCCUCAGGCUCGGCUUUACCAAACUCACGGCUACUGCCAACUGAACCCUGAUGGUACAAUGCACACCUCUGUCAGCCAUGGCUACAACGGGAAGGACUUUGUGACCUUUGACAUCCCAGCCAGGACCUGGGCGGCUGCAGUCCCUCAAGCUGUCCACUUGGUGAAGUGCAGAGCCAACAGAGCAUUUGAUCUGGAGAACCUUUACUACUACUACAACUAUGAGUGCAUCGAAAGGCUAAAGACCAUUUUGAAGUACGCACCUUGGAUCCACGACAAAAAAGUCCCUGAGGUGGGUGUUAUUGAGAGCAGAGGCCUACGGAUACCCUCCAAGGUGGAGGUCACGUGUCAUGUGACAGGGUUCUACCCUCGGGCGGUGCAGGUGGAAUGGCUGGGGGCAGAGGGGCUUCCCCUGGUGGACGGGGUGAGCAGUGGGGAGGUGCUGCCCAACGGAGAUGGUUCGUACCAGCUGAGGAAAAGCCUGACUCUCCCACAGGGAGCCCAGUACACCCAACACUACAGCUGCCUGGUGCUCCACAGCAGUGUAGCGGGGAACAUCACAGUAAACUGGGUUCCCAAGACCCGGUCCAGCUACUGGAGGGCCAGUAUCUUAACAGUGAUUGGCUGUCUAUUGUUUCUGACGUUGUUGGUCUGUUGUAGAAGAGAGGAGGAGCAGUCAGAGAGACCUCCACUGUGACUUCCAAGUCUGACCACGGCAUGACCCAGUCCACCACUUACCAGGAACUGCAGGCACACGUCACUGUUUUUGCUCCAACUGAGAGAAAGUUGCUCCGUUGCUAUAAAUAGUGUCUUGGUUGACGUAGCUUCUAUCCUCAGCCUAUGACAAGACAGGGAGAUUUAAAGCAGAGACUUGUCAGAAACAUGUCAUACACUUUCAGAUAGGAUGAGUACUGUGGAAAACUGACGUACUGAACUAUGCUGUGUUGAAAUAUUGGUUUAGUCUAAAUUUAAACCAACAAGGAUGUCAGGUUUUAUUUUUAGGUGUUCUAUUUUAGAUGUUAGGUUUGGGAGCUGGCUUGGGAAUUCUCAGUAUGGUAAUUAAUACUUUUAUCAUAUGAAGCAUUGAUCAGAACAACAAUAUGUACAUCAACAUUCAUAGCUUUAUAGACAGAACAUAAAAAAACAAGCAACAAUAUUUCAAGCAAAUAUGAUGUGGAUAAGAAUUUGUAUGGCACAUUGUCAAUAAAAAUAAAUCACAUGUAGGCCUACAACUUGUUCAUUAUUAUCUGAUUUCCAGUGUAUAGUUUCCAGCUACAGUGGUUUUCAUAUGAGAAAUUGAAUAAAACUGUACUUCGUGGCCCAUGAUGUAUUUUGUUAAGUUAUUCCACAAAAUGAAAUGUUUAUGUUUGUGCACGAGAAGUGUUUAACCUGCACUGGGCCACAAUCAUCUAUGUCCUGUGUGUCUUGUGAAAGGCAUUUCCAGUGGUAGGUUGAGUGGUUUCCAGUGGUUCCAUUUCCAGUGGUUGCUUGAGUUUGGUGUCUUUUACUGGUACCACAUCAAAUCAAAUCAAAUGUUAUUGGUCACAUACACAUAU